UGAGCAGCUGGAGACCAUCCCGUGGCUGAUUCCAUGCGGCUCUGCUUCCUGACUGGGAGAGAUGACUCUAGUCCAGAGACAUUUGCCAAGAGCCUUGGGCCUGGUGACCUUUCCCAGGACCCCCAAGCCACGUCCUUCCCUGAGCCUAGGUGCUUCCUGGACUUCAGUAACCAAGCUCAGUCUUCAUACCAAACCCAAAAUGCCUCCCUGUGACUUCACGCCUGAAAGAUACCAGUCCCUUGCCUACAACCGUGUCCUGGAAAUCCACAAGCAACAUCUUUCUCCUGUGGAAACAGCGUAUUUCCAGAAACCCUUGCUGCUCCACCAGGGGCACAUGGAGUGGCUAUUUGAUUCUGAGGGGAACAGAUACCUGGAUUUCUUUUCCGGAAUUGUCACUGUCAGUGUCGGUCACUGCCACCCGAAGGUGAACGCAGUGGCACAGAAGCAGCUUGGCCGCCUGUGGCACACCAGCACCCUCUUCUUCCACCCUCCAAUGCACGAGUAUGCAGAGAAGCUUUCAGCACUUCUUCCUGAGCCUCUUAAGGUCAUCUUCUUGACAAACAGUGGCUCAGAAGCCAAUGACCUGGCCAUGCUGAUGGCCAGAGCACACUCAAACAACUUGGACAUCAUUUCCUUCAGAGGAGCAUACCAUGGAUGCAGCCCUUACACACUUGGUUUGACAAACGUGGGGACCUUCAAGAUGGAACUCCCCGGUGGGCUGGGGUGCCAAUCAACAAUGUGCCCAGACGUUUUUCGUGGCCCGUGGGGUGGAAGCCACUGUCGAGAUUCUCCAGUGCAAACAAUUAGGAAAUGCAGCUGUGCACCAGACUGCUGCCAAGCUAAAGACCAGUAUAUUGAACAGUUCAAAGAUACUCUGAAUACUUCUGUAGCCAAGUCACUUGCUGGGUUUUUUGCAGAACCGAUUCAAGGUGUGAAUGGAGUUGUCCAGUACCCAAAGGGGUUUCUGAAGGAAGCCUUCAAGCUGGUGCGAGAGAGGGGAGGCGUGUGCAUUGCAGACGAAGUGCAGACAGGAUUUGGAAGGCUGGGUUCUCAUUUCUGGGGCUUCCAAACCCAUGACGUCCUGCCUGACAUUGUCACCAUGGCUAAAGGGAUAGGGAAUGGCUUUCCCAUGGCAGCAGUGGUAACCACUCCAGAGAUUGCCAAGUCUUUGGCUAAACGUCUUCUUCACUUCAACACCUUUGGAGGGAACCCCAUGGCCUGUGCCAUUGGAUCUGCGGUGCUUGAGGUGAUUAAAGAAGAAAAUCUACAGGAAAACAGUCAAGAAGUUGGUACCUACAUGUUACUGAAGUUUGCUAAGCUGCGGGAUGAGUUCGAAAUUGUUGGAGAUGUCCGAGGCAAAGGCCUCAUGAUAGGGAUGGAAAUGGUGCAGGAUAAGGUGAGCCGCAAGCCUCUUCCCCGUGAAGAAUUAAAUCAAAUCCAUGAGGACUGCAAACGCCUGGGGCUCUUAGUUGGCAGAGGCGGCAUCUUUUCUCAGACAUUUCGCAUUGCUCCCCCAAUGUGUAUCACUAAACCAGAAGUUGACUUUGCAGUGGAAGUAUUUCGUUCUGCCUUAAUCCAACACGUGGAAAGAAGAGCUAAGUAAAAUUUUUAGAAAUAAAAAAGCACAAGCCUCAAAAACUUACCACUUGUGUUCAAUGGUGAAUUCAAGGAUUUCAGCACUGGUAUUUAGAGGAUACCUACAGCUCUCCACAGUAAUUCUGAAAGAAAUGGUUGACUGCCUACCAGCCAUAUUUGUUAACAGAGCCCCUAUUAUCUUGAGAACUUCAUCCUUCAGGGAAAAGAUCUCUAUGCCUAGCUCGGAGACUAAAUCCUAUUUAGUUUAGAUUAGUUAUGGUAAUCUCAUUCCCCCUGUCAGUGAUUGGCUGAGCAUGAUUGUUGGAAUAUAGAAUUAAGAGACAUGGAAAGUUUCAGGAGUUUUGCAGGGCUUUGCCUUGAAGGAAUCUGUGAGUGUGUUAGUUCACAGACCGGAGCUGCUUAGCAAAAAGGGGGAGCAUAUCACUGAUCAGAGGCACCGGCAAGGCAACACUUGUCUCGAGACCUGCAGGCCAGUGCCUGAAGCUUGUGCAAGGCAGAGCAUGGGUCACAGGUUAAGGACUGAUCAAAGAAUGCCAGCCCAGCAGACACCUGCAGCUAAAACAAAUUAACCUCAAGGACAGUUCCUGCUUCACUCCUGACCACAUGUCUCAGUUAAUGAGAAACUAGAUAAAUAUACAGUCUCUAUAUUUCACUUUUACCUUUUCUGCUACUUGGCAAUUUUAUCUUUAACUUGUGUACUCAGCUAAGUCUAUUCUUAAUUUAGGGCUUAAGAAGUUUAUCUUAGAAAAAUUUUGUAACUGCUUGUUCAUGUAGAUAGAAUUAAUUAAGGGAUCGCUAGAACACUUUCUGGAGCCUUGAAACCUAAACAAAUGAUCUGUACACAUAAUUACUGUACCAAUAAAUACUGAUGCAGGAUUUCACUCAGGGCUUCCUGGCUCACAGGAAUGCUGGAGGACCCCUGACUCCCCCAUCACUUUAAACUACACUUUGUCUCUGUUUCUUUUAUUUCCAAAUCUCUUGCGACGAUCCUGCCUGGGACCUGUUUUGCUGGGAGAGUAGCUAACUCCCAGCACAUGAUCUUGUGACAUAUUUUUGUCUAGUGAAUCCUGAAGGAAAAUGUUUUGGUGGAAGUGCCCUCAGGGAAAGGUUUCUUCACCCUUUACUCUUCAGCUCAGAAAGAGAUGUCUUCUUCAUGCACUGAAAACAUAUGUCAUGAUCAGAUUCCUGGAACCAUGUCAGCCAUCUUGGCAUCAUGAGAACAAAGCCUCUUUGCUGAGGUUGGAAGAUGGAUGGAAGUUGAGUGCUUAGUGAUAUUAAUGAACCACUGACUUAAGCAAUCCCGGAGCCACUCUACCUUGGGUCUUCUUAUUAUAUGCAUAAUAAAUUCAUUGUGUUGCAUAA